AUUCUUCGUAUAGUCAACCGCACUAGCUCUCAAUAUUAAUUAUGGAGAUCAAUGGGAACUCAAAUGACGUUCUUCACGUAGUUAUGUUCCCUUUUUAUGCAUUUGGUCAUAUUAGUCCAUUUGUUCAACUUGCUAACAAGCUCUCCUCUCAUGAUGUCAAAAUUUCAUUUUUCACUGCAUCUGGCAAUGCAAGCAGAGUCAAAUCUAUGCUGAAUUCUGCUCCAACUACUCAUAUUGUCCCUCUCACUCUUCCUCAAGUUGAAGGAUUACCUCCUGGUGCUGAAAGUACUGCAGAAUUGACACCAAUAACUGCUGAAUUUCUCAAAGUUGCUUUAGACCAAAUGCAACCACAAAUCAAGUCUUUACUUUCUAAUCUCAAACCCCAUUUUGUUCUCUUUGAUUUUGCUCAAGAAUGGCUCCCUAAAAUGGCUGAUGAAUUAGGGAUCAAGACUGUUUUUUACUCUGUUUUUGUUGCACUUUCCACUGCUUUUCUUACUUGUCCUGCUAGAGUUCUUCAACCCAAAAAAUAUCCAUCUCUUGAAGACAUGAAAAAACCUCCACCUGGAUUUCCUCACACCUCUGUUACCUCAGUCAAAACCUUUGAAGCUCAAGAUUUUCUAUAUAUUUUCAAGAGUUUCCAUGGAGGUCCUACUGUAUACGACCGCGUACUCUCAGGACUCAAAGGAUGCUCUGCUAUACUUGCCAAGACUUGUUCUCAAAUGGAAGGCCCUUACAUAGAAUACGUAAAAUCACAGUUCAAGAAACCUGUUUUUCUAGUAGGACCAGUAGUCCCUGAUCCACCUACAGGGGAAUUGGAAGGGAGAUGGGCUAAUUGGUUAAACAAAUUUGAAACUGGAACAGUUAUUUAUUCUUCUUUCGGAAGUGAAACAUUCUUGAAUGAUGAUCAGAUAAAAGAACUAGCUUUAGGUUUGGAAGAAACAGGGCUCCCUUUCUUUCUUGUCUUGAAUUUUCCAGCUAAUGUUGAUGUCUCAGCUGAACUAAACAGAGUUUUACCAAAAGGGUUUAUGGAGAGAGUGAAAGAAAGGGGGAUUAUUCAUUCAGGUUGGGUGCAGCAACAACACAUACUUGCACAUUCUAAUGUAGGUUGUUAUGUAUGUCAUGCAGGGUUCAGUUCAGUUAUAGAGGCAUUAGUGAAUGAUUGUAAAGUUGUUAUGUUGCCACAGAAAGGUGAUCAGUUCUUGAAUGCAAAGCUAGUGAGUGGGGAUAUGAAAGCUGGGGUGGAGGUAAAUAGGAGGGAUGAAGAUGGCUAUUUUGGUAAACAAGAUAUUAAAGAAGCUGUGGAGAUGGUGAUGGUGGAGGUUGACAAGGACCCAGGUAAAUUAUGUAGGGAAAAUCAGAAGAAAUGGAAGGAGUUUCUGUUGAAUAAGGAUAUACAAUGCAAGUUUAUUGAGGAUUUAGUUAAUGAAAUGAUGGUCAUGGCUAAGGUCUCUAAGUAACUAAGCUAAGAUAUGUCAAUGCUCAUUCACCUUUCAGUAUUGUAAUACUAGUAUAGUUGGCAUUAUUACCAUCAAUUAAGCAUUUUCCAAUGUACCCGCUUUUGUAUUUUCACUUUCAUCACCAAUCAGCAUAAUGUCAAAUUGGCAUUGUGUUUUUGCUU